GCCAAGCCAUUCACGGCCGCAUCGGUGCCAGAUCGGUGCCAGUCGAUCCAUUUUGGGCCGCAUCGGUCAAAUGUCAUCGAUCGCUGCAUUGGAGAAGCGUGUCAAAGCGCUCGAGGACGACGAGGACUUUGCCAAGCCAUCCUACGUGCCGCCGCCGCCUCCAGUGGCGAGCAGCGCGGGCGCGAGCAGCUCGGAGGUCGACGAGCUGCGCAAAGAGAACGCGAAGCUGCAGGAUCUGCUCGCGAAGGAGCGCUACCGCAUCAAGCACCUCAUUCGCGCCAUCGAAGCUAAAUCGUGAUGAGGGCACUCGUUGUGCUGUGCGCGGCGGGCGCAAGCGCGCUGCAGUACGAGGCCGCCGCGCUGCGCCGAGCCCUAGGCGCGGCGAAACCGUUGCGAAACGGCGCCGUCGUCUUCAGGCGCGAGUGGAGAGAAAAAGCCGGCGACGGCGCCGCAUCCGAUGCGGUCUAUGAUGCCUUAACGCGUGGCCGCGGCCCGGAGGUCGUCGCCGCGGCCGACGUCGAUCGCUGGUCGAACGACCCAAAAGCGCUCGAUGCCGCCGUGACAUCGGCGCGUCUUUACGUGACCACGAUCGCCCUUGUAUUCAAUAUCUUACAGACGUCGGCGUACUACGUGCUCUUCGUCGCCUCGGCGGCAAGGGAGCUGCUCGGCAAGGAGCUGCUCUGGAACCGGGGCGCGGUCGAUAUGACUGAUGCGGGUAUCGGCAUCGCCGUCGCCGCGGCGGCCGCGGUCGCGACUACGGCGUCGCUGCGGGGAGACUCGUAAUUCACACAACAC